CAGAUUAUGAAAAAAAUAACAAAAAAAAUGAAAUUGAUGUGGAAUUAAUCCUAUAAAAUAUCUUUCUAUAUUCAUUUUGGGACAAUAAUAAUGUCAUAUUAAAAAAGUGACAAUACUAACAUCAUAAACUAUGAUAUAAAUAAAUUUAAAAAAUAUUAAUCAUCUAAAUUGAAAGAAAUUUCAAUUCCUAAAAUGAAAGUUGAACCAAUAGAUAAUUUAUAUCUUGCACUUAUACAGUGCUUUGCUAUUAUAUUAUGCGGAUAUAUUGCAGGACGCUUUGAUGUUAUUACUAAAAUAGAAGCAAAUGGCCUAAAUACUUUUGUAGGAACAUUUGCUCUACCUUCCUUAAUUUUUAUGUCAUUAGCAAAAUUAAAUUUUACUUUAGUAAACUGGAAAUUUCUUUUUGCUGUAUUAUUAGCUAAGAGUUGUGUAUUUUUUGUUGUUCUUAGUAUAUCUUUAAUUAUUAAAAGAAGAUCAAAUCCAGGUUGUGCUGCACUUUUUGCAAUAUUUACUACACAAAGUAAUGAUUUUGCUAUUGGAUAUCCUAUGAUUCAUGCAUUAUAUGGGAAAACACACCCUGAAUAUGCUGCUUAUUUAUAUUUAAUGGCACCUAUAUCAUUGGUUAUUUUAAAUCCAAUUGGUUUUGUAUUAUUAGAAAUUGGUAAGCGUUAUGAUGAAGAUCAUAGAAAUUAUAAGGACAUGAUUUACUCUAUUAUAAAAGGAAUAAUGUUGAAUCCUGUACUUCUCAUGACUGUCCUUGGUAUUUUUGGUAAUCUUAUCUUUAGUCAUGUAGUACCACCUGUACUUGCAACUGUGCUUAAUAUAUUUGGUAAUGCUUUCUCAGCAAGUGCUCUUUUUUUGUUGGGAUUAAUGAUGGUUGGAAAAGUCCAUAAGUUGAAAGGUACAGCUCUUGUAAUACCAGGUAUAUUAAUAUCAAUAAAAUUGCUGGUACUUCCUUUGGUUAUAAGAGAAUCUAUUAUUCUUUUAAAUCCCGGAGAAAAUGCUACAGAUACACAAGAUUUAAGUACAUAUGGAUUUCUAUAUGGUACUAUUCCUACAGCACCAGCUUUAUUUAUUUUCACUCUUCGAUAUAAUCUUGAAAUUGAUUUAAUUGCAUCGGCAAUGGUUGCUUGUACUUUUUUAUCUGCUCCACUAAUGUUUGUAUCUGCAAAAUUAAUUGAUGCUGUUGCGAGUGGGAUUAGCCCAGAAAAUUAUGAACAUCAAUUAAAUAUAUUUUCUUUUGAUGUAAGCAUUGCUUCAGCAACAGUGUGCAUAUGGCUAAUAAUCUGUUUUAUUGGAUUAGAAAAAAGAAAAUAUAAAUGCAUCACUCAUAAAUGUACAUUCUGUAUUAUAAUUGCUCAGUUGGCGACAGCUAUUGGUGUCGUAAUAUGGACAAAACUUGAAUCUCAUAAUAGUGAUUCAGUUUUAUGGUAUAUUCAAUUUAUUUUAAUUACUAUGGGAGUAUAUGCAAGUCGUAUUUGGACUAUGGCAAUAGCUGCAACUUUGUUAUAUUUAAGUUCCCGUUCUCUGGAUUUUGUUUACAAUAUUCAAAAAUGGUUUUAUCCUAUAGGAUGGGGAAUUCCAUUUUUAAUAGCAAUUAUCAUGUGUAGCACUAUAUCUUCAAAGGAAUCUGAACUUGAGUUUAGAAAUCCAAAUUUUCAAUUUGGUACUAUUCAAGCUGGAAUUUCUAUUUUUAUAUUAACAUUCUGCUUUAUUGUAACAAUAGGCUGUUUGAUUUUACAACAGAAUUAUCAUCGUCGAAAUAUUUUAACAUCUUAUUCUAAUUUAAUAAAUAAUGCUGAAAAUUCUAAUAAUGAUGAUAGUGAAGGACAGGUAGUAGAUGUUGAAGAUUUGAUUUCUUCAACUUCUAAUACUCCAAUCAUUGGUUGUGAAUAUAUAGAUGAUUGUCCAAAUAGAAUAUGUAGAAGCUAUAAUAAUGAAAUUAAUAAUUGUGAUUUAUACAUAGAUGUUGAAAAUGAAAGAAAUGAUCCUCAACUUUUACGACAUCUUAUAUUUGUUAUUUUACUUCUAUGCUCUAUGUUUAUAGGUUUAUCCAUAUCAAUUGGAACAUUAUUAAUGGAACAAUUAACGGGGAUUUAUGCAGAAUUAGCAUUUUUGGAUGUUGCUUUAAAUUUUGGCCAAUCAUUAAUCACAUUUGCUAUUUUUGGAUUAGAUACUGAUCUUGGGAAGUUAGGAUAUUGGCUACGAAAAAUAUGUCAAAAAUGGCGUACUGAAAAAGAAUUACAACUUCCUCCUGAAGAUGCAUUAAGUCCAGAAGUGAAGGCUAUUAGGGAUCAAUUUAAUCGUUGUUAUUUAACUGAAUGUCGUGCUCGUAUAGCCAUAUGUCGUAGACGCUUAUUAAAGGUAUACAAAGGUGUUUUCACUGGAACUGAUUUAGUUAAUUGGUUGCUCGAAGCCAAUAUUGCGCAAACAAGAGAAGAAGCCAUUCAAUAUGGUCGUAAUUUAUUAGAAAGUAGAGUGUUACAGCAUAUUGAUGGUACCCAUCAUUUUUGUGAUCAAAAUUUGCUUUAUAUUUUUAAUGCCUAAUUGUACAUCUUGAUAAAAUUUUAUGAAAAUGAUUA